GCCUCUGAAUUGGCUCAACCCUACCUCCUCGAUCCAGCUGCUGUGAUGACCUCAGAGGUAAGUGGGGGGUUAUCAGGGGGAAGUGGAACGGCCGGUACAGUUGCGGCAACUACGGCGGCAGGACCUUUCAGUAAUGCUGGCCGCCAUAGUAACUGGCGUCUUUGGGGCAAAUGGGGUCCCUUGGACGCAGAGGUGAACCAGCGACGUCUCUUCAACAUCCAUCGCUUCCUCGAAGAGCGAAUUCUCACCACGGAUCGGGAGGUUCCUGCCGAUUGCGUGUUCCACGCCAACGGCAACAUUUAUGACGCCGAGGGCUUUCUGGUUUCCGAGGCCGGGGAGUUCGCACCUUCAGAACUGGAAACAGUGCUGGAGACGGCCUCAUGCCUUCGUGCCGCUCUUACACGCAUGGACAGUGACAUUACGAGUGAUGCGGUGCCACACCCACAGCGAGGCCUCAAUAAAGCACUCCUUCGCAUCGUCCUUUCUGGUUGUGUCGCCACCUCCGUCUUUCUCCCCCACGACCUCACCUCUCUCUAUAUCCUACAGUUUGAAAAGCUGCCUAAUUCUCUCACACGCGCACAAUUUGUUGGCUUUUAUGGCCGCUCUGGAACUAUGCAUUGA